UCAGAGCUACGAUGAAGCUUUGUGGAUUUUCUGUUUUCAUUGUUCAGCUGUAUUUUUCAGCAAGAAUAAAUGCCGAAUGGGAUGGUCAGAGGACUCUGUUCAACUCUGUUCCAGGAAACAGGGAAGCUGAUGAGAAAUAUGGACACCAAACAAUAGUCAUAAUGGAGGAGGAUGCUGCAGUAAUAAACUCAGCUACUUACCUGUUUGAGAGGCACCCUACUACAUCAACUCUGCUGAGGUAUCAUCAUGAGGCACUACAUGUUCUGAGUAGAAGUCAGAAGUUUUCUUCAAGAAAUCAUGAUGUCACAUUGGUUGGUCAUGGAAGUAAGAGCACCACAGGUGUGGUCCAUCUGGGUGGAUACAGCCCAGAGGAAGUGGCCACUUUUGUGUCCACCCUGAAAAAUGAAAUCAUGAUCGGACAUGUAAGCACCAUCAACCUUAUCAGCUGCAACCUUGGAAAUGACCAGAAUUUCAUGUUGAGGCUCUUGCAAGUUCUCCGUUCUGUCAGUCUGGAAACCAAACUGUACUUGUUCAACACUUUGUUGUCAGUUAGCUCUGACGGACAAAUAAUAACAGGAAGUGACAAUGUGUGGAGGUCACAUGACCACAGCAGCAGAGUUGUUGCUCAUCUAAAUCAGAGAGGUGACCUGAUGACUAAACAGAUGCUUGGCUGUGCAGGUCCUCUUCUUUCAAAUUAUAAAGGACAUAUUUUGUAUCUUCAGACACUGGCGUGGCCGAGCCACCCUCAAAUGUUUGUACCACUCGAGUUGCGUAAAAAGUACACCUCUAUUGACUGCCUGGAGGGACUUACAUGGAGUUUAUUCUUUGAGGAGAAUGAAAAAAGACGUGCUCCUCAUUAUAUCCCAGAUCAUGUUGGACUCAAACAAGUUUGGCUUCAAGAGCCAGAAGUAACCAAAGAAAGCCACACAGAGCUGAAGCACAUCAGUAACAUACAGAAUCUGCUCAUGGAGAUACGAUACAAUGCCAGAGAGGAAGUUGCAUCAGAUCUUUACUAUGUUCUUAACGAAUGUAUUUAUAAAGUACAGAAGAGAAAUCUUAGUGUCAGUCUGGUGGGAAAAUUCAUGAGGUCUGAUAACGAAGCAGAAAUAGAACAUUUCCGUCAUAGUUUCCAUGACCAGCAGGAUGAAUCCUCCCUGCAAGAGCUGCAGCAGGGCCUCAAAGCAUCUAAAUUCAAUGAUUUCUGUCGCCAGACCUUCCAGUUCCAACAGUGUACCUACAACUGUGAGCGAUGGGGCCGUUACUUCAUGGCAGCAGUGUUUUCAGCAUCAGUGCGAAAUUUCAGAGUCUUCUCACUUUUCCUCAUGAGUGUUAUUGGUUGUGAAGUUGGACGGUCAAGGGGAAAUGACAGCCCCCUCUGCUCAGCCUUUGUAGAUGACCAUCCAAUGGUAACUGAUCAGCCAUGGUUUGAACACGUGGGACGAGGGUUCUACGGCAGCACUGUUGGCAAUUAUCUGAUGGCACCGCAGAAAAGACGAAUUUGGUUGGAUCAGCUUAUUGCAAAGGAAAAUGCUCUGUACGUUAAAUCAAAGCAGAUGAUGAAUGCCAUCAGUCACAAUGAGCAAACAGAGCUGGAUAUCUUUGGGAGGAUCAAAGUCAUGAAUAAGUAUGUGUUUUCAUCUUAUAUAGAAUUUUUUCGAGGUACACCUGAAGGAAAGAAACUCAAGAGAGGAUGUGCUCCCUCGCUCCCUGAAAAUUAAAAUCCACAAUUUAAGUAUAAUACAUCUCUGAUGAGACACAGGUGUUUUACCAAAAACAGAAGUUCUAGAUGUCCACUGAAAAUGGUGUAUUGUGCUCCCUUAACCUCCUUCACAAUCUGAGCACCACGAAUUCUGACAUAGUCAUCUUGGAAUAUGGCCACACCAUCAGGGAUGAUGGAAUAAUCUGCUCAUUCAGUAUAUUUAGGGUUUUUUUCUGAUUAUCCUCACUGAUAAGUGGUUUUCUUAAGGCUACAUAGCUGUUUAGUCCCUGUUUAGUAAAAAAAAAAAAAAAAAAAAAAAACAUUUCUAAAUAUUUCUUUGAGGCAACAAAUAAAUAAAUAAAUAGGUCUGGGUUCAAGUCCCUA